CAUAUAAUCUCGUAUCGCGAGAGUUCCGCGGUACUUCCAUCAUGGCAGGCAGUAAGUUGGUACUGGAAGGAAGAGUAAGUAUAAACGCAUUUGUUUUAGGGCUCAGCGUUCUUGUAAUCCCGUUGAUCAGAACCUGGUUUGGACAUCAUGACUGGGUCUUUGACUACCUGACGGAAACCUCCGGGAAAAUCGCCAUUUGUAUCCACAUAGCAGUUAUCAACGGCCUGCUGCUCGUCGUGUACAGAGGACCUCUGUACAAGGUCGCUGUGAGAGCCUGUUUUCUGGGAGUUACUUUUGGCGGUGGCUUAAUUCUAAGCUUCUCUGAGACCACCUGGACACACUUUGGCUGGUACAUGUGUUCCCUGUCGUUCUUCCAUUACUCUGAAUACCUGGUGACGGCCAUCAUCAACCCACGCAGCCUGUCGCUAGACUCAUUCCUGCUCAACCACAGUGUGGAGUACACUCUGGCUGCAGUCUCAUCAUGGGUGGAGUUCACCGUGGAGAAACUGACAGUUCCAGAGCUGAAGCAGCUGAACUGGUUGAGUUUUGUGGGUCUGCUUAUGGUGCUGUGUGGUGAGGGCCUGCGUAAGGCGGCCAUGUUGACGGCUGGUUCAAACUUCAACCACAUUGUCCAGAAUGAGAAGGCCCAGAGCCACGUGCUGGUCACCAGUGGGGUCUACGCCUACUUCAGACAUCCCUCCUAUGUGGGCUGGUUCUACUGGAGCACAGGAACACAGGUCAUGUUGUGUAACCCAGUGUGUAUAUUGGGUUACACAAUAGCCAGCUGGCGGUUCUUCCGGGAGCGGAUCGAGGAGGAGGAGCUUUCCCUCAUCCAUUUCUUUGCUGAGGACUAUGUGGAGUACAAGAAGAAGGUUCCCACCGGGCUGCCCUUCAUCUCAGGCAUCCGAGUCAACUAGUCCUAACAGCUGGAUGAUGGACGUCAACAGACUUAAAGCACUAAAGCAGGUCAGACCCUGUUGGGUGUGGGGUGUCUGCCAUGGCAGCUGGAGCGAAACUGUGCAGCUGACUGAGAGCUUAUAGCUCGCAGACAGAGACCAUGACAGCUGGUACAGCGGCAGGGCAGCGGGGCUGCUGUUUUUCUACCAACUUCCAAAAUCCAGCUGAAGACCAGACAACCUCCACUGUAGUACAUUUAUUCCAGUAACAGCCAGUCCAUCUGUUCCAUCCAUGUUUGUGUUUGCAUGCUUUGACUAUGCUUGGUGUUUUCAUUGGUGACCUGUGUUGUUGAAUGGUACUGCAAUGGGCUGUUUAGUAUCAUACAUCAGCAAAGUUAAAAGUUUUAAUGGCAAAUAUUUGGUGAAAUAUUUGCAUUUCAUAGAAUACCAGGUUCACUUUUUUUUUUUUUUUUUCCAUCUAAAUUUAUUAUUCCUAAAUGUAAUGAUUUCCAGAACAAACACUCGCUUUUCAUAGAUCUAGUAUCCCUGGAUGCGAGGUGAACCGUGUCAAGACGAUGAAUGACGUGUGUGUCCUCAGGGUCAUUUUAGAUCCAUGUUUUUUAAUGCAGUGUAGUCUUAAAAGGCUUCAUUGAAAUGUUUGAUCUUGCUUCUUUACAGAAUGUGGCAGCUCCUCCACCCAUGUUUCGCCACAAUGAAGCUAAAUGCACAACUUCAUUAUUCAAUCAUACUGUUGUCUCCUUGUAGCACCAAAGCUCCACUGUAAGUUGUGUCUUUAGUGUUGAUUAAAACAGCAGUAAACUUAUCAUUCCAAAUAUUUUCAGCAUGCUAUUCAUUUAAGAAUAGAAUGGAACGCUUAAGUUGUCCACUAAAACCAUGGAUAGUGAAAUGUAGUUAGUAGCUCUUUAACAGCAGUUGAGCCAGUGCAUCCAAACCAUGGGAAAGGAAACAAUAGGUGAUGUUACAUUUUUUUUAAUUGAAGAAUGUAUCUAUAGAAUUAUUAUUUAAUUAGAAUCAAUACAAUGUGUGAAGAAAGUAAAGAUUUCUAUUUGUUUAUCAUGAAAGCCAAUUAAAAGCUGUUUCACUUAACAUAAUAGGAAUGGUGAACUGAGCACUACCUGGAUGGAAAAGGAAGUGUUUUCAUCACUUCCUGUUUUGUAGCCUCCCUUGUGUUCAUUUUUUGUUGCUGUUUAAUAUAAACAUGAUUAGUUGUCUUGUUGUAAUUAGUCACCAUCCUGUACAGUAAUGUGUCCUGUCAUUUCAAUCAGCAUCACUUUAUCAUUGUGUCUCCCGUAGACCUGUCAGGCUCACUUUGGUAUAGACCACCCAAAUGACUGGGCAGUAUCUUGGUAAAGACUCACUCUGCAGCUUUCUUUGUCUUUCUUAAUCUGUGUGAGUGACUUCACAGUGCUGCUAUCCACCCUUCAAACCCUAGACCUGUUGUGAGUAAGAGAAGAUGGGCAGCAAAGAAUUGAGAGAAAAAAAUGAAAGGUUCCCUGUGGAGUGUCACAGUGUUUAAGGAAUCUUCUUAUUCAGAAUGUUUUUGGAACAUUGUCCACUUGUUAAACUCCUGUCCAGAAUACACAUUUAUAUUUGUUGGUCCAUGCUGACACUUACUGAGCAUAGCACGCCUUAAAGUUUCACACAACAUGAUGUUUGAUAACAUUAGCUUUGUACCUACUGACUUAAUACAGAAUUUUUAUUUUAGUAUGGUCUGCUAAUUGCUACUAAACCCAGCACUCAGGAUGGACUUGGAACACAAGAAAUUUUGUUUAUUUAUUUCUAAAGACCAGUGUGUAAGAUUUAGUGGCAAUGUAGUUGCUAAUAAAUUUUAAAAAAUGUGUCUAGUUUGUCUGUAAAAACAUGUUGAUUCAACAUGACAGACUCCAUGGAAGGGGACCCAUGGCAUCUGUAAAUAUAAAUGGCUCAAGGUUACCAAAGUAUAACCACUUCUAUUUUAGGAGAUUAUACCCUCAUUAUAUUCUCUGAAUAGAACCCCCUGUGUCCUUUUAUUUAUUCAUCAGUAGCUUUAAUGGCAGUUAUAGAUAUCAACAAUUGCUUUUUGACUAGUUAGAAUUUUAGCACAUUCAUAAUGUGAUUUUGACUAGUAGUAAUUCUAAUUAAAAUAUAUAUUAUAUAGACGAUGGAUAUCUACAAUUCAUUUAUAGUCAAGUUUUUCCAUUGGUCCCUAACCCUAUCAAAGUAAAUUUUGAAUUCACAUAUUAAUAAUUUGAUUAUUUGUAGAUAUAUUUAAUUAGAAAAUAGUCUAAAUUAAAUUUUGGAUAUCAUCUCGCUUCUCGCUAGUGGGAGGGUCAAUUGUUUAUCAAAAAUUCAGUUCUUGAUUAUUUUAAAAGCCUAAAUCCAAAAAAAGUGUGGAUACUGUAUAAAACAUCAAUAAAAACAGAAUGCAGUGAUUUUCAAAUCCUUCCAUCCAGCCAUCUUCCUCCGCUUAUCCAUGAUGGGGUUACAGAGGCAUCAAAUUAAGCAGGGAGUGCCAGGCCUCUCUCCAACAUUGUUCUCCAGCUCCUCCUGGGGAAUCCCAAGGUGUUCCAGGCCAGAUGGGUUAUGUACUGGGUUUGUCCCAAAAUCCCCUGCCAGUUUUGUGCCUUGAAAACCUCCAAAGGAAGGCAACGGGGAAACACUAAUGAGAUAUCUGAACCUCAACUGGCUCCUUUCAACACAAUGGAGCAGCAGCUCCACUCCACUUCCCAGCCACCCAUAUUCAAUUGACCUACGUAAGCUUAAUUAAAUAUGGGGCUAAAAGGAGUAUAUGUAUGUACAUUGUAUAUUAAAAAAAAAACAAUAGCUCUUAAGAUACCACAGCAAAAAGCAAAAUGAACAAUGUGCACACAGAACAACCUGAGGACCAGCUGCAGUGUUCCCCCUAAAAUGACUUUGGUGCUUGUGUUGAAUGGAAUGAACACAUGACCAUAUUUCUAGUACUUUUUUUUUCUUGUGUCACCACUUGAAUUCUCCUCCUUAUUUUCGUCAAAACUACUUUUCCACACACAUACCUGCUGUCCCUGCCUCUCUCUCGCUCUCUCCAUUUCAGAUGGGAACAGCAGUAUCUUUAUGAUGUCGCCCCUAAAACAAAACUCAUCUUUUGUAUUUUUUACACCUAGGAGUCUGUUUUCACAGCUGAAGGUGGCCUCGUGGAGGAGGAUUGUUGUUAAUGAUGUAGCCAAUCACAACCAAUGUGCACUGAAUGACAUUAGCACUAACAAGGUGUGUAAAAUAAAGGUGUAUAUCGGUUCACCAUCUCUGCAUUUCACAUGCUGGUUUGAUCCAAAAAUAUAAAAUGUGGACUGAAAGAGGGUAUUUCCACUGGUCUAAUGUCUGUUCCUUGUGUUUCUUGGCUCAUACUGUUCUUUUUUUGUGGUUUAUUUGCAGCAAUUUGACUAUGAAGCCCUAUUCGGGCAAUAUGGACAACACUAUGAAGCUGCCAUGUUUGGGUCACUCUAUCCCCAC